AUGAUCAUGUUCAGGGACAAAACCAUCAGUGGCUGCGAGGCGGCGCCCGUGACGUACCUCGACGUUCCCUGGGCCGACCACAAGUCUGGUUUCACCCACUCCAACUGUUACAUGUGGCUGGGUCUGGAGAAGAUACAUGCUCUGACCAGCGUCAGACCUUACACGCUGUACAUGUCACUGAAGAGAUUUGAUACCACUCCCGGACAAGUAUCUUACAACCCCUUCUCCGUGGGGGACGAGGCCUCGGAGUAUCGACUGUCGGUGUCCGAGUUCACUCGGGAUGGCGUUUUCGGAGACCGCUUCAACCUAGGGUACCCAGCAUCAUCCCUGGAUGGGGUUCACUUCUGUGCCAAUGAUCACUGCAACAACUCAGUCAACCCAUGUGCUGAGUGGCAUCGUGGAGCCUGGUUGAACAGGCUAGACGUCUGCCAGACGAAUCCUCACCAACAAUAUAACAUUUACUGGGCUCUUGACGAUGGUACCACUCACGAAUGUAAAAGCAUCUACAUGUUCAUAGAUCCUGCCUAA